CGUUGUGCUGAGCACAGCGCAGUCGAAAAAAAAUGGGUUCGAAAAAAACUCGUGAAAUCUAAAAAAGACCCCGCAAAAGCUGUGCUUUCGCUAAGAAAAAGAUUAUAAUAAAAACAAAGCAUUAGCCCCGCGGUCACACCGCUCUCGGGUAAUUGAAAUUUCAAUCCGGCCACAGUCUACACCUCUGUUUUCUGUUUUCCGAUGCAGGCAUACCAUACAAAGAAAAUGCUGAAAAGCUGAAAGAAUAAAGGAAAAGCCGACUGACUGACUGCCCACUAGCCGCGCACAGUUAGCUGAGGUGUUUUUCCGUCCGGGGAAAGCGAGGAAAUCGUUGAUUUCAGGGCGGCGUCCCCCCCGCAGAGCGAGACAGCAAGAGAGGGAGUAGAAGAAGGAAGAAGAAGAGGCGGAGGAGCAGCACCAGGAGGAUAUAUUCAUAUACCGCCGAUAUAUACACAAUGACCACCCAGCGGACGCAGACACAGGCCAGGAAUCCGGGCAAUUCCGAUUCCGACUAUGAAACGCUGAUGCAGCGCCUGCACAUCGGUGGCGGAGGAGGGGGCGGAGGAAUUGGCGGCCCUGGAGACGGGGGCAUGGCCAUGAGGAGCUACCAGCGCUCACCCGGCGCCAUCGAGAACUUCCUGCAGGAGAGCCAACAGCAGCAGCAGCAACAGAUGCAGCAGCACCACCUCCACCACAACCAGGACUACAAGCUAUACGAGCGCGGCAACAUCAUAGCCGCCUCCAAGUACGCCACGCCCCGUCCGGUGGAGCAGCUGCAGCACGUCCACAAUGGCAGUGCCCACAUCUAUGCACCCACCGCCCAGAUAUUGGGCCAGCGCAUUGCCCCCCAGAAGCACUCGCCGGUAUACGAGAACCUCGAGUUCUACGGCCAGUUCGAUUCGAAUCACAAGCGGGCGCAGCCCCAAAGUCCCGGGAGCCGGCAGAGCGCCAUGCUGAACGACUAUCUGCUGAUGCAGCCCAUUGGGGCGGGGCGCUUUGCCCACACGCCGGUGCCCGAGAAUCCAGGCAGAGGAGGAGGCGGUGGACCGCCACCAGGGCGAUCUGUGGCCCUUGGGCCAACCAGCGACCUGGAGGAACACGCUGCGCCCAUCUACGAGAACAUCAUUCCCCACUCCGGCCAGCGAGCUCAGCCGCAGGCCUCGCCGGCCACCGCCACCAUGUACCAGGAGAUGCAGCCCACUUCCAACUCCUCGGGCGGCUCCUCCACCGCUGGCCUGGAUCUCAACGCCCUGCUGGCCUCGCCCAUGCACCAGCGCAGCAUCAGCAGCAAUACGGCCAGUUCCAGCUCCUUGGGCUCGCCCACCCAGCGCUAUAGGAACUUGUCUCUGCCCAGCCAUCUGAGUCCAGUGCCCACGGCGCAAUCGGUGGCAAAGCUGCAGCAGCACACGCCCAUCAAGUCGCCCGGUGGCGCCAUCAAUGUCUCCGUGAAUCCCAACUAUAUAGAGGACAUCAACAGUUCCGACUACGUGUGCAUGACGGCGAAUCUGCACAGGAAUACGUCAGCGGGAUUGGCCACCGGCAGGGCGGCCGCAACGGGAGCCACCGCCCAGCGAACUAUCCAGGAACCAGCUAAGAUAUCGUCCUCACUGGCCAUGGGCAUGGCCACGGCAGCAGCGCCGGCCACGUCCAUUGCACCGGUGGUAGCGGCACCAUCCACCACCUCCCUGAGGGCCACGCCCAUUGCGAUGACAGCCCCACUGGCGGUGGCCACAUCGCCCACGCCCUCGCAGGGCAGCACAGCCGUUAACGCUGCCUUGAAACCCAGGAGAGGUCUCACCAAGAAUCUGCUGCCGUACAGCGUCACCCCGCCGCGACCGGCUGGUCCGACGGAGGCGCAGCGGAAGAUCGAGGAGCUCACCCGCCAGCUGGAGGAGGAGAUCGAGCAGAGCGAAGAGCACGGCGAGUACUUCGGCAUCUGCCACACCUGCGGGGAGAAGGUGAAGGGUGCUGGACAGGCCUGCCAGGCCAUGGGCAACCUUUACCACACCAACUGCUUCAUCUGCUGCUCCUGCGGACGGGCGCUGCGAGGCAAGGCCUUCUACAAUGUGCAUGGCAGGGUCUACUGCGAGGAGGACUACAUGUAUUCGGGCUUCCAGCAGACGGCGGAGAAGUGCGCCAUCUGUGGCCACUUGAUCAUGGAGAUGAUCCUGCAGGCCAUGGGCAAGUCAUAUCACCCGGGGUGCUUCCGGUGCUGUGUGUGCAAUGAGUGCUUAGACGGGGUGCCCUUCACCGUGGAUGUGGACCACAAGAUCUACUGCGUCAACGACUACCACCGGAUGUUUGCGCCCAAGUGCGCCAGCUGCGGCAAAGGCAUCACCCCCGUCGAGGGCACCGACGAGACCGUGCGCGUCGUCUCGAUGGACAAGGACUUCCACGUGGACUGCUACAUCUGCGAGGAGUGCGGCAUGCAGCUGACCGAUGAGCCGGACAAGCGCUGCUACCCGCUGGACGGGCGCCUGCUGUGCCGCGGUUGCCACCUGCAGCGUCUGGCGCUGCAGUCGUCGCCGCACGCCCGCCACCAGGAGCCCGUCUGCGCCUCGUACCAGUACAUGGGAUGAGCCGCGCACCACCAACUCCCACCUUCCUUCGACUAAGUGGCGCACACAUCGAGAACUAACUAUCGCAAUCAACUUAUUCCAAUAACACAAUAUUAUCUUAAACAGACAGAAGUGAAAACAAAUGCAUUUAUACGAAACGAUCGCUAA